CCAAGUUCCCGCCAACUUGGUAGGCAUGGAUCAAGCUAGGCUCUGCCAAGCCACCACAGGCCUAAACGCCUUCCACGCCAAUGACUCUGACCAGGCCAGGAAUUGCAGUCCUGAAGAAAGCUCCAUCUACCAAGAUGGCACCCCGUUCUCCUGGAAGGUUGUUCUCACCAUCAUCUUGGCUCUCAUCACCUUGGCCACAAUAUUGUCCAAUGGUUUUGUCAUUGCCACCGUCUACCAGAGUCGUAAGCUCCACACCCCGGCCAAUUAUCUCAUAGCUUCUUUGGCAGUCACUGACCUUCUGGUAUCCCUCCUGGUCAUGCCUAUCAGCACCAUGUACACUGUGACUGGGAAAUGGACCCUGGGCCAGAUUGUGUGUGACAUUUGGCUGUCUUCAGACAUCACUUGUUGCACUGCUUCCAUCCUCCAUUUAUGUGUGAUUGCCCUGGACAGAUACUGGGCCAUCACAGAUGCAGUUGAGUAUUCUAGUAAAAGGACUCCCAAGAGAGCAGCAGGCAUGAUCGCCCUGGUGUGGGUCUUCUCUAUCUCCAUCUCCAUCCCUCCUUUCUUCUGGCAGCAGUCUAAAGCUGAAGAGAUGUCUAACUGUAUGGUGAAUUCAGAUCACAUCUUAUAUACCAUCUAUUCCACAGUGGGGGCUUUCUAUUUUCCUACCUUGCUGCUGAUUAUCCUUUAUGGAAGGAUCUAUGUGGAGGCCAGAUCUCGGAUUUUGAAACAGACGCCAAAGAACACCGGCAAAAGAUUAACUCGGGCUCACUUAAUAACAGAUUCCCCAGGGUCAACAUCCUCUGUCACUUCUAUAAAUUGCAAGGUCUCAGAAGCAUCCAGUGAAAUGGGGUCUCCUGUAUAUACGAACCAGGUCAAAGUGAAGGUAUCAGAUGCUUUUCUGGAAAAAAAGAAGCUGAUGGCUGCCAGAGAGCGGAAAGCAACCAAGACUUUAGGGGUUAUUUUAGGAGCCUUCAUUGUCUGUUGGCUACCCUUCUUUAUCAUUAGUUUAGUGUUGCCUAUUUGUAAAGAUGCUUGCUGGUUCCACAUGGCCAUCUUUGACUUUUUCACGUGGCUGGGAUAUCUUAACUCUCUGAUCAACCCGAUCAUCUACACUAUGUCCAAUGAAGACUUCAAACAAGCAUUUCAUAAAUUGAUACGGUUCCGAUGCACAAGUUGAAUUAUAAGUGCAGUUAAUUGUAAGUCUCUGGUGUCGGAGGCUUGAAUGAAUGCAUUUUGUGUGACUGGUUCUUCAGGUAGGUGAUUAUUCUUACCGUGCUACUGUCUCUCCAGAAAACAGUAUCUUUUAAUGACAAAAUGGAAUUCAGUAGAGAGGAGAGCCAUGUCAGUUAGCAAAGGUUCUCAUUCAGGGUAGAAGUAACUAUACAAAGCAGCCUCCUUCUGAGCCUGGGUUUAAAAAUAUGCUGCGUCUUAACUCUGCUCCCACUAAUGUUGCCGAAGAAGUCUUUUUGGCCUUAAAAUGAGAGUUGACUCUGGAUUUUGCCUUGUAGAACCAUUGUGGUAGGAACUGGAAAGGUUUUGGACAGCUUUUGUGGAGACACCCAAUCCAACGUGACUGUACUGUACUUGAACUAAGUGACUCUCAUCCCAUCUCUUCCGCUAGGAGAUCUUUGCCUCUCAGACAUCUGUGUUUGAAAGUGCUUUGCCAUGUUUCCCUCCUUUUUACUGUUAGCUUGCUAAAUUAAAGACUAUGCAGAGUAGAUUAUAUAUGAAUUGCGCAUGAUGCUUAGUAGUUAUAUGGAUCAGAGAUCUGGAAGAACUAGUACCGAUAGUCUUACGAUAACCACUCCUUCACUUGCUUAUAAUAAAUGAGCUGGAGGAACCUUUGGGAAGCAAUCAAAUAUAGAGAAAACUCAGCAUGAGAAGAGCAACUCAUCUUUUGUUUUGUACAGAUGUGCCUUCUUUUUUGUUUAACAACUUGCCAGUAUUCCCCCCCCUCCAAAAAAGCCAAACUAUUCUAAGUGCAUAGUGUGAGAGAAUGCAUGAUAGCCUGCAGAAUCAAGUGCCAAAGUUUGCAAGCUUUUUUUUCUUUUUCCUUCCUUCCUUCCUUCCUUCCUAUCAUAUUUUUAAAUAACUCAUUAUAAGCUAUUCUUUUGUUCAUUUGCAUUUUAAUUUUAGUUGAAAAUCUUCUUUUCAAAGCUUACUUACAUUGUUUUCAAAAGGAAAAAUUGAUGUUUAUUCCUUAUGUAGACACUGAACAAACUGCAGCCAUCAUGAGUGUAAUACCGUAUUUUCCGGCGUAUAAGACGACUCAGCGUAUAAGAUGACCCCCGACUUCGGAGACGAUUUGCAUGCUUUAGAAAGUCAUCUUAUACGCCAGAAAAUACGGUACUUCUUACUAAAUGAACCUUUUCCCUCUGAAAAGGACUCUUUCUCUAUAAUGCAAGGCAAUUUUCCCUUAACACUGAUUUUAUAAGCAUAAUUUCAAAUCUUAAUAUGUUCAGUUCCUAAAGGAAUCUACUCUCUUUUCCUGAUGCUUUCUACCACAGUACAAAACCUUAUCUACGGUUUUAAUUUCCCUUAUCCUUACUCUUCAUUCAUCUCCUCUCAUAUUUCCCAUCCUAUCCUUUCCUGAAAUGCUUUGACAAAUAGAUUGAAUGAGUGGUUCCUCGUUAUUAAUGUCACUAAGGCAAUAAGGCAGGACAGGUCCCAGUUUCAAUAACUGAGAAACCUGCAAAGUUUCUUUGUUAAUUGUCGAAAGCCCAGAUGCAAAGAGUGACUCUUAUAUCAUAUUCACUGUUUUGAACAAACUGUAUUCAAAACUUUAUUACAGUUUAUGCUUGCUAUGUUAUAUAAUCCUGGAAAGAAAGAUGACUGACUCAAUACAUCCCCUACAUUCAAGUUAAAGGCAUAACUAAAACAGCUUUUAUUAUAGAGGACAGUCUGGUGCAGGUCCCCUAUAGAUUAUGAACUUUUUUUUUUGGUGGGGAGGAGAGAUCUCCCGGGAAUAGGUUUUGUCUUUGAUAUUAAAUUAAUGAUGGCACAUCAAGCCAGAAGCCUCACAAAAGUUUUGAUUAGAAUCCUUUUAGAGAGCUUUCCUUCUGUGAUCUGGGUCAGGAUUGGCAAUAGCUUCCUUUGCCCAUGUGAUGGGUUAAGUUGAAAAUCUGACUAAUGCUUCUCUGUAGUGAUAUAAAUAGAAGUAUAAAUUAAGACUUCAAUGUAUAGCCAAGCUGCCCAAAUGAGGAAUAGAGAAGAAGAAAAGAAAACCCUCUGUAUCUUAACUUCUGCAAGAUCUAGAGAGCUGCACCCAGGAUAACUUCAUGUGACCCAUCUUAGCGUUACUCUGUCUUACCUGAUUCCAGCAGCCAAGAUAAUCAAGGGACUUUCAGGGAAGACAUUGCAAACUGAAGACAGCUGUGUUAAAAGCAGAACUGAUGACUGCAGUAGAAUGAAGACCUAGCAAGAAGACCAGACAAGAAGAGGGUAUGAAAUCAUCCACAAAUGCUCCAGACCGUGUUUCCUCAUGUGGACACAGCAAGUCAGCGGUCUCUGGUGGGUUUAGAGCUCUG